GCGGCGGCGCCCUCGACCCGCGCGCGUGCGCCCCGGUGACCGGCCGCCGUCCUUGCCGCGUCGCGCCUUCUCGCUCUCGGCGCCUCGCGCCCGGCCUCGCAGCCCGGGGGCUCCGGCGCUCCGGCGCGGCGUGGUGUGCGCCCGCCAUGGGGAAGGCCCGGCGGGCCGGGGCGCGGCGGCGGGCCCCGGCGCCGGCGGGGGCGCGCGGAGCCCCGGCGAAGGCGAACCCCAACCCGUUCGAGGUGAAAGUCAACCGGCAGAAGUUCCAGGUCCUGGGCCGCAAGACGCGACACGACGUGGGGCUGCCCGGCGUGGCCCGCGCGCGCGCCAUCCGGAAGCGUACCCAGACUUUACUAAAGGAGUAUAAAGAAAGAGAUAAGUCCAAUGUAUUUACAGAUAAACGCUUUGGCGAGUACAAUAGCAAAAUAAGCCCAGAGGAAAAGAUGAUGAAGAGAUUUGCACUGGAACAACAGCGACAACAUGAGAAAAAAAACAUCUACAACCUGAAUGAAGAUGAAGAAUUAACUCACUACGGCCAGUCUCUGGCCGACAUCGAGAAACACAAUGACAUCGUGGACAGUGACAGUGACACUGAAGAGCGAGGAGCCCUGUCUGCCGAGCUGACUGCUGCCCACUUUGGAGGAGGGCCCCGGCUCCUGGACAGGAGGACCACUCCGGACGGUGAGGAGGACAGCAAACCCAAGUCUCGGAAAGAACUGAUCGAAGAGCUCAUUGCAAAGUCAAAGCAAGAGAAGAGGGAAAGACAGGCCCAGCGAGAAGAUGCCCUUGAGCUCACGGAGAAGCUGGACCAGGACUGGAAGGAAAUCCAGCCCCUCCUGUCACACAAAACUCCCAAGUCAGAGAGCCGAGAGAAGAAGGAGAAGCCCAAGCCCGAUGCUUAUGACAUGAUGGUUCGUGAGCUUGGCUUUGAAAUGAAGGCCCAGCCUUCUAACCGGAUGAAAACGGAGGAGGAACUGGCAAAGGAGGAGCAAGAGCGGCUCAAGAAACUGGAGGCUGAAAGACUCCGGAGAAUGCUUGCCAAGGACGAGGUUGAAAGUGUGAAGAAACCAAAGCAUCUGUCAGCUGACGAUUUGAACGAUGGCUUCAUACUAGAUAAGGAUGAUAGACGUUUGCUUUCUUACAAGGACGGGAAGAUGAAUAUUGAGGAAAAGGUCCAGGAAGAGCAGGGCAGCGAGGCUGGUGGCCAGGACGAGGAAGAGGAUGAGCGCGAUGAGGACCGAGGGAGUGAGGGCCCCGAGGACAGCGAGGAGAGCGAGGGCCCCGACAGCCACUCGGACCUGGAAUCGGACAGAGAGAGCGAGGAUGACGAUGAGAAGCCAGAGCAGGAGCGACAGCAGCCUCUCCGGAACCGUCAGAAAACGCGCAAAGCCAGCAGCUCGGAGCUCCCCUAUACCUUUGCAGCCCCCGAGUCCUGCGAGGAGCUGAGGGCUCUGCUGUCGGGAAGGUCCGCCGCAGAGCAGCUGCUGGUGGUGGACAGGAUCCGCAAGUGCAACCACCCCAGCCUGGCGGCCGGAAACAAAGCCAAGUUAGAGAAGCUGUUCGGCUUCCUUUUGGAAUACGUCGGCGAUUUGGCUGUGAAUGACCCCCCGGACCUUAAAGUAAUUGAUACACUGGUUGUGCCACUGUACAAUCUUUGCCAGAUGUUUCCUGAAGCUGCAAGCGACUCCGUGAAGUUUGUUCUCCGAGAUGCAAUGCACGAGAUGGAAGAAGUGCUUGAGACCAAAGGCCGGACGGUGUUUCCGGGGCUCGAUGUGCUGGUUUAUUUGAAGAUUGCCGGGCUGUUGUUCCCGACCUCUGACUUCUGGCACCCCGUGGUGACGCCGGCCCUGGUGUGCAUGAGUCAGCUGCUCACCAAGUGCCCCGUCCUGACCCUCGCAGACGCCGUCAAGGGCCUCUUCGUGUGCUGCCUCUUCCUGGACUACGUGGCCUUGUCUCGGAGGUUCAUCCCGGAGCUCGUGAACUUCCUUCUUGGCAUUCUCUACCUUGCGACUCCCAGCGAGCGGAGCCGGGGUUCCGCUCCGGUGCACCCCUUCCGAGCACUCGGGAAGAACGCAGAGCUGCUCGUGGUCUCGGACCAGGCGGACGUGGCCACGUGGUCCGGAGGAGGCCUCGCCCUGCGCUGGGCCACGGGGUCCCGCGCCCUGCCGGCUGCAGAGGCCAAUCAUGCCAGGCUGUCCUGCCUGGCCGCGUGCCUGGCCCUGCUGAAGCGCUGCGUGCAGCUCUACAGCGCCCUGCCGUCCUUCCACGCCAUCGCCAGCCCCCUCCGAGCCCUCCUGGCAGAGCACGCGGCGGGCUGUGGCGCCCCCCAGGAGCUGCAGGAGCAGUCUCGAAGCAUCCUGUCGGAAAUGGAGGGGCGCCAGCAGCUGUACCAGCCCCUGGUGUGCGAGAAGAGCAAGCCCGUCCCGCUGAAACUCUUCACCCCCCGCCUGGUCAAAGUCCUUGAGUUCGGGCGCAAACAGGGCAGCAGCAAGGAGGAGCAGGAAAGGAAGAGGCUGAUCCACAAGCACAGGCGGGAGUUCAAAGGCGCCGUCCGGGAAAUUAGGAAGGACAGUCAGUUCCUCGCCCGCAUGCAGCUCGCCGAAAUCAUGGAAAGGGACGCAGAAAGAAAGCGGAAGGUGAAGCAGCUGUUCAACAGCCUGGCCACCCAGGAGGGCGAGUGGAAGGCGCUGAAGAGGAAAAAGUUUAAGAAAUAAACGAUAUUGGAAUUGAA